GCCUGUAGCCGUUUCUUCUUGCAGCACCUGUCUUAGAGUGAAUCUACUGCGUACUGUACAGCUUUCUCUGCUGCUCUUUGAUGUUAUCUGGCGGACUCGCUGCUCCGUCAUCAUGUCCGAGCUAAAGAGUAACUCACACUAUCCCUCAAAGCGUCGCGUCUCCUCUCCUGCAGAUCUCCAAUUCUUCACCCCGGCUGCAGUCUCAUUUCAACCUCGCCCUUACAAUCCCAGCGGGACUACAGCUCUUCAAUCCAAGCCCCCGCCACCAGCGCGCAAUAAUUCACUAAUCCAUCCCUUACCGCCUAUGGAUCCAUCCCCUCGCGAUCCCGAUGCCCUCUUUAUCCAUCCACCAUUCACAGAAUUUCCAGACGCUCAUAUGCAUACCCAAGGCCUAACAUACGCUCUUUUGGCGGCCAAUUCCGAUUGGUUUUUGGAUCCAAAUGAUUUCAUCGCUACCAAUGGCACGAAUAUCAUGCCUUACCCAUCACAGCUCGAGCCUCCUAGAGGCUGGUGCCCUGCCAAGAAAAAGGACCUCAAGGAGCGUGGAUCCGAAUCUUGGCCGGAAGGUGAAGAGCCCCGCCUUCGUUGCACUUUUUGUAGGCGGACCUACGCAGGCAUCAAUGCGAAAAGCAUGUGGAGGCGCCAUGUUUUUGAGAAACACAAGGUUCCGAUGUCUAACAGGCGUGACAACUCAGAGCGUGCUCGUAAAAUUGGAGGCAAAGACAGCAAAGAGGCUCACGAGAAAGAAAAUGUCUCCGUCGUAACGCGCAGCUCCAAAAGCGCGACUGGCAU